AUGUGGCCAAAUAGCAGCACUGCCCUUUUGCUCAUCCUCUUCACGGUGGUCGGGCUGUUGUUGAACAGAGAAGUCGAUGCGGCAUAUGCCACUAACCACUACGGCAAGCACAAGUGCUUCAGCUGCAUGUCCAGAUACUAUGGAGCCACGUGGCAGUUUGCUGGAUAUUCCAGAAUAUACAUGGAACCGAUCGCGUUCACCGACGACUGCGGCGAGCCACUCGCUAGAGGUGCCGACGUCCCUGUUCAGAAUUGCGACGACGCGACCAACUGCAUCACGAUGGUCGAGGACCUCAAGAUUGGCGUCGGCGCGAAAGGCUUCAUCCGUGGCUGCUACAAGAAUAUCUUUGUUUUUGGAUUUAACAGAACGGGUAUCCCCGGCGCGUUGGCGCAGCGCCAAUUCUGCGCCCACACCAACCUCUCGCAACUCAUCAGCGGUGGCAAGCCGUUGGAGAGCGCUGUCAGCAUCUGCUCGUGCCAAGGCGAAUUGUGCAAUGGCCAUCCGCUGAGCUCCGCUACCAACCAAAACCUCCCAUCCCUCCAAAAAUUCUUCAUUAUAUUCCUCCUUUUUCGAUUUGUGUGUAAAUAUCUAGUCGCUGAUGCUGAUGGCCCG